GCCAGCAGGAUUCACCCCGCGAGUCACUCUUGUUGUUCGACCGAGCGUAAACAUCAACAGGCCUCUCAAAAACUGCCCGGCACGUCAAAACCAUCAAGAUGAACGGUGGCGAGGCGUUUCACCCAUACUUGCUCAGCACUCCAACCUCCGGAGCCAUGUAUCCUCCCAAGACCUUCUACCCGGAGCCCCAUUCCAUCCCCUCAAUGCCACAGCAGGACCUCUAUCCCAUGCGGCCGUACCUGGUGCGCCCGUACGCAAUGAACGGGUUUGGGGGUUACAUGGAUAUGGAGCAGCCGACACCCAUGAUCACGUUACACGACAAAACUCCACGCUCCCGGAGACGCUAUCCUCCCGGCAGUCAACCUACCAAGCAUCGACGAACGAGGAGUGGCUGCUAUACCUGCCGUCAACGACGAAUCAAGUGCGACGAGGCUCGACCUAUCUGUGACAGGUGUCGCAAGGGCAAACGCGACUGCACCUACCCAGGUGCCGCAUCGUCAUCCGCCGCGGCUCGCUCCAAGCGCAAGGCAUCGACUGCUGACGAUGCAUCGGACAAUGCCGACGACGAGCCCGAGGAAACCGAGCACGACCACGACCACAGCAAUGAGGGGAAGACUGACGACUGCUGCACUCAGCUCAUCACCCCAAUGCAAAGCUUCGACGACUCUGCAUACUCGACACAAGACGAGAUCGCGACCAGCCGCCCGGGGGUGAUGGCCGACCCUCGUGCCCCGUUGAUGAAGACCCCGACUGCCAUCCGUCGCGACUCGCACCAUCCCAUCACACCCACGAGCAUGCAGAAUGCGCGAUGGAAUCAGUUGCCCGACGACAUCAAGAUGCUCCUCACCUACUACCGAGACAACCUCACCGAUCACCACUACCUCCUACGAGACGGGCAUGGUGGGAUAAUCAAAAAGGUCUUGCUCGAGAGGGCCGUCAACGACGAAAGCCAAGCGCUGCUGUACGCCGUCGUCGCCUUCGCUACCUACUACUACACACGCGAGCAUGGCGACGCAUCGGUCGUCAACAGCCAACCUGGCGUUCCCCCAUUCUUGGUGCCGCAAGGCAAGUCGAUAGCACUGCUGCAAAAGUCGUUGCGCCAUGGCAACCCCGAUGUAACGACGCUGUUGACCAUCUUGCAACUCGCGACGAUGGAGGAGUGCCUAGGUGACUGGAACAACAUGGACCGCCAUCGCAAAGCCGCUCUUGGUGUCAUCUCUCGCCUUUACACUCCCCAGACCCUCGCGUUGGACGAGGUUGGUCGUGCCAUCGCCGCCUGGUACAUGCAGUUCGACCUAUUCAACGCCAUGAUCUCCUCAUCCGAGGUCUGCCUUGGCCGCGAGUACUUCCUGGCGUGCCAAAACUUCUGCAAACGCCAGACGCAGAAGAAGCCACGCGAUCCCAAAGUGCGCUUCGCAGACUACUACACCACCAUGCGACUCAUCAAGUCGGACCUCGCGCACUACCUCGCCGUCCGCGGCCGAGGGGCUGCCACUGGUGUCGAUCUCCAAAUCAUGGCUGAGCGUCUCGUGUACCGCCUGGAAGAGUUUGGCCGAGAGCUCGAACUCGCCUUCCCUGACUGCCCGAUCAUCACGGACAAGGCCAACUACAUGCCUCACUUCAACCCGCAUGGCAUCCUCGACUUUAUCGAGCCCGAGCCCUACUACACUGGCGACUUGGCCACGAUGAACUACGUGCUCGUCGACUUCUGGGCCCUCGACCUCGAGGUCAAGUCGUACGUGGAGGCACGACCGGCGACGGAACUCGCCCGCACCACCCUCAAGAUUGCCGGCAUGAUCGAGCGGAUGCAGCAGAGCGUCCACGAGCCUGCCUCGGCCAUCCUCAGCACGCGCAGCGCUCUGAGUGCCGCGGGUUUCAUCAUGCCCAAGCAGCCUCAAUACUUCGGCUGGCUCCGACAGCAGUUCGCCGCCAUUGAGCGACUAGGCUACGUCUACCCGUCCACCUUCCGCCGCCACAUCUUCGACGUCUGGGGCGUGGUCGACACGGACGACGCGUGGCUCCCAACGGUCACUGCCGAGCACGUUUCGCCCAGCGAGGUCGACGUGCAAAACUUCUUGGCGUACCGUGCGAGCGCCGCAGCCGCCGGACCCCAGCCUGGGAGCGCAACCUCCAGCUUCGCCGACGUGGGCGGGGUGCUCUCCACUCUCCCGUUCGACGACGAGGUCUUUGAUCUAGACUUUGUCUCGGCCUGAGAAAGCCACUCCAAGCACCUUCCUCUUUGGGGAUGGUGCGGAUCCUUCACUCCGCCACGCCCCGAAUGAUCGCCGGUACCCGCCCCCGGCCCGGGCAAUCGGAUAAGCAUUCCCGCGCGCGGACCGCAGCGGCUUCAUCGGAGACUGCCGUGCAUGCAGCAGCAACGCAAGCUAUUCAUGUCGUGCAUGGUUUCACCACGACCCGUUCCUCGACCGCAGCCACGCCGUCUGUUCUUGCCCUCGUGCGGAUC